AUGGAUGCGAUGGCGGCUCGCCUUCAGAGCUCCUUCGAUGUGCGUCUUGCCAUUCCAUUCCAUCCAUGCACUGCUGGUUCAAGCUCCUUUCCCUGCCACCCUUCACCACCCAUCCGCAUCUUUCCGCACCCUGCCAUCUCCCCUCCGAUGUGCGUCUUGCCAUUCCAUUCCAUCGCACUACUGGCGCAUGCUCCUGAGGUGCUCGCGUCUGCCUCCUUGCUCGUGGAGGCUGCUUCAUCGGCUCCUCGUGGUGACACACAGUCAGGCUCCAGUGCGCCGCACAGUGAGGUGGCGAUAGCAUCAGCGCUGGAGGUGUUUCAGAGCCGAGUGGACCUCUUUCAAGCCGCCUGCGACCGGGCUCAGCAGCAAGUGGACGCAGCAAGGCACCGGCUGCUGUCGGAAAGCCUGGUGGACGAAGCAAGAGGCGCAGUAAUUGACACGCCUGCUGUGGGUGCAGCAGGAGGAGAGGAGGAGGCCCAGAUGGUGCUGGGAGCAACUCGAUUGGAGCAGAUCAGCAAGGCAGUGAGAGUCAUGGUGCAGGACCUGCAGCACGGGCAUGCAGACAAGCACUGA